ACCGUCCUCGUCGUUGGUGUUGGCUACGUCGGCAGACAUCUCGUCGAGCGCUUCAGCGAUGCUUGCGAUGUUGUCGGCUUGGACCUCAGCGCAUCUCGCUGCGAUCUGCUCUGCCGCGAGUUCAAGGCAGAUGGCUUGAGCAACAUCACGAUGAUCUCAGACAUCGAGCAGGACGAGCGCUGCUCUACCUUUGACUUGGCCCUCAUCUCAGUCCCGACGCUCCUGCUUGCGGACAACAAGACUGUCGACACAAAGCACAUUCGCGCCGCCGUGGAAGUCGUCUCUCAGCGAGCAAGGCCUGGAAGCACUGUUGUCAUCGAGUCGAGCGUCACCGUCGGCAUGACCAGGGCUCUCCUUGGACCCGAGGGCGCCAAUCUGCGUGCUCGAGGCAUCUUUGUUGGCUUCAGCCCGGAGCGCGUAGACCCCGGCCGCACCCUGCCGCGUUUCGAGGACAUUCCCAAGGUCGUCUCAGGCAUCGACGACGCAAGCCUCGCCGCUAUCACUCGUCUCUACUCGCGCUCCUUCAACAGUGUCGUACCCGUGCGCUCCCUCGAGACGGCCGAGUUCUGCAAGCUCUACGAGAAUUGCCAGCGUCUCAUGCUCAUUACCUACGUCAACGAAAUGGCAGACGCUUGCGAGCAGCACGGCGUCAACAUCCACGACGUGUGCGCCGCGAGCGCUACCAAGCCCUUCGGCUUCACGCCCUUCAAUCCCUCUCUCGGAGCGGGCGGUCACUGCAUUCCUGUCAACUGCUGGUAUCUUCUGCAAAACUGCGAGAUCCCUGUGCUGCGAGCUGCUGCCGUGUCCAACAGGCAGCGACCCGCACGCAAGGCAAAGGAGAUUGCUCUCCUCGCCCACGAGCGCAACAGCCGCGCGGGAGACCACCCUCCCUCGGUCCUCAUCUACGGCAUGGGCUUCAAGGCAGGAGAGGCGUCGCUCGCCUACGCACCAACUGUCACCCUCGCCAGGGAGCUCGAGGAGCAAGGUUGCAGGGUCUCGUACUUUGACGACUACGUCAAGACGGAGGAGUGGAGGAGCUUGCCGCGAGAAGCCUUUAACAGCUACCGCGUCGACGCCCUUUUCGACAUCGUCGUGGUAGCGCAGAAGCCUUCUUUCAGCGACCGACGUGUCCUCGACGAACUCUCAUCUGCUCGUGUCAUU